AUGCCGCUGCCACCGCGGCCGCAACCCCGCAGUGCCAGAGACGCCAGCAGAGGCGGCGAUACGGGCGACGUCUGGGGCGGAGCGGCGGCUCUUCUCGAGGGCGACGCGAGUUCCGAAGCGGAGGUCGACGCGGACGCGGCGGCGCGCGCAGACGAGCUCCUGGCGCUGGAGGCAAUCUACAGCGACGAGAUGUGCCAGGUGGAGGGCGGCGGCGGCCGCACUUUCGAGCUUCGCGUCCCGAUCGAGCUCGAGGCGCCGCUCUCGCUGCCGUCGGGCGAGCGGCUCGACGCGCUGCCGCCCCUCACGCUUCGCGUGCGUCACGGCAGCGGUUACCCGUCGAGCUCUCCGCCCGGCUUCGGCCUCCGCUGCUGCUGGCUCUCCGACGGCCAGCUCGAGGCCCUCGCCGCGAGCUUGGACGGCCUCGCCGCCGCCGCCGCCGGAGAGCUGUGCGUGAGCGCAUGGGCCGAGUGGCUCCGAACGGAGGCGGCGGGGCAGCUCGAGCUGCUCCAGGAGGGGGCGACGCUCUCUCUGCCGGCGGAGGGUGGCACCGGCCAGGCGGGCGCCGACGAGGCGACCGCCUCGGCGGGCGAGCGGCGCGCGCAGCGGUGGCCUCGCUCCCGCGCAGAGUACGCUUCCCUCGACUGUACGCGGCUGCACGCCUGCGGGCACACCUUUUGCAAGAGUUGCCUGCGCGGCUACUGGAGCAGCCAGCUGCGCGAAGGCCACGCCACCGCGCUCCUCUGCCCGCACCCUGGCUGCGGCGCCGUCGCCUCGCCGCCCGAGGCCAAGGCCCUCCUCUCCGCCGGCGAGUACGAGACGUACGAGCGGCUGCUGCUCGCCGCGUCGCUCGCCGAGAUGACCGACACCAGCUGGUGCCCUCGCUGCGAGUACCCCGCGCAGCUCGAGCCGCGCGUCGAGGGCCGCGCAGGCCGCGUCGCCAUCUGCGGCACCCGCCGCCUCGCCAUCUGCGCCUCGUGCGGCACCUCCUUCUGCGCAGAGUGCCGGCAGGCGUGGCACGGCAUCUCGCCGUGCGCCAACCUCGCCGCGCGGUGGCGGGCGAGCGACGAGCGCGGCAGGGAGACGCUGCGGCAAAAGUACGGCGACCGGCUGAUGGAAGAGGCCAAUUUCUGGGGGGAGGGGGGGCGGCUGCUCGCGGCUUCCUUUGCCCGACACACGGCAUGCCCCAAGUGCGGCGUCGCCACCGAGAAGAACGGCGGCUGCAACCACAUCAGCUGCCGCACGUGCAACUUCGAGUGGUGCUGGCUCUGCGGCUGCAAGUACGAGCCGGGCCACUACAAGAAUGGGCCGUGCGAGCAGUUCAGCCAGGACUUCUUUGACGAGAUCGACAUGACGCCGGAGGACUUCCGUGCAAACUACGUUGUGAUGAACCAUCAGUGA